AAGGAAGUGUUAAAAAACACACUGUCCUUCGCUACUCUUCAGCCAGACGAAUUCGCUUAUCGGCUCAUGAAAGGACCAGGUUACAUGGCCGUCACUGCAGGGGAAGCCGUUCAUGUCAUCAAGUGUAUACCAGUGGACGUCAUCGUACGCCGCACUAAGGAAUGUUAUAUUGAGCUACCGGUUACAGUACGCAACACUUCCCUCUUUAUCACACCAAAAUCACACGUGUUGACCAAGAUGGGAACCAUACGAGAGUGUAGCUACGAAUUGCCAACCCUUUAUCGAAUUGAGGAUACAUGGAUUGAACUUAUUCCGGAGCCACGUGUUCGCAGAACAUCGUUGCAGCAGUUACAACCUAUGACAAGUAUGUCAUGGAAUUAUUUAACGCCGGGACCACUAGCUUCCAGCGGAAUAUAUUCCCAGGCGGAUCUUGAUAAAAUCAGGGAUCAUAUAAUGUUCCCUGCUGAAAAGCCAGCGCUACUUAACAGCAUGGCUCGUGGAAUCACCGGACACGUCAUGCCUGACGAUACCAUGUCCAUUUACAACUUAUUGGAUGAAGCAUCAUUAAACAAAAUUGCUGAGUCAACUGCUAAACGGAUCUGGGGCGGAUUCAUCACAUUUGGAUCAGCCACAGCUGGAGUUUUUGGAGUAUUAUUAGUAGUACGACUAAUCAAGCUAGCCAUCGACACGAUGAUACAUGGUUAUGCUCUACAUUCAGCCUACGGAUGCAGUCUGUACGUGCUAGGAGCUAUCUGGAGCUCCUUGACUCAUCUGCUACUCUAUUUGGCCAGAGGUACAGCCAAACGCAGCCACACGGAUGGACGAGCAGAUCCCGAGGAACAACGAUCAUCGGAACCUGUGGAACCAGUAUUAUCGCAGUCUUUGUCGCAGAACAACCCUAGCAAUCAGUCAACUUCGCCGCAGGUGACUGACAGUGAAACCAUUGUAUACACAGACUUACAAAAACGUUUGCGUGAAUAUUAGAACCAUUUCCUCGAUUGCAUCGGAAAUGUUCUUAAAUAAGGGGGGGGAUGUGACGUCCUGACGUCCACCUCACACCCAUUUUUAAUUU